GGUGUUGUGAUUUUUGAUCCGCUGAGGCUGGGACAGCAACUGACGAAGAUCUCGGGCUGCCUUCGCAUUCUACAUCGCCACGACCAUUGAAGAACUUCACCCUCAGGUCACCUCUCGCACAGCCAGUCUACAGUCGAGAUGCAGUCCUCCGCGCACAUGAACGAUGAAAACAACGUGACGACCAAGUCUCGACCUCGGGUUUGACAACCUCCGAUUCCCCUAGUUGCUGAUCCGUGUAGGCUUACAAGCCACUUGGCGACCGCGGCGCCGCGAAACAUGGCGAACGAGUGUCCACGUUCAGCACCAUUCUAAAGCCCCAAAACAGCUUCAAGCGUCCCGCAUUGGGCAACAUCACAAACAAGUCGACGGUGGUAACCAACAAGAAGUUCAUGUUGGAGACCCAGAAGGUCGCGAGACGCGAGGAAGUAAUCCGUCGAACGUCGAUUGGCACGCCCAAGAAGCUGACACCAGCCAUGCCAGGACUGAGUAGCCAGAUAUCAACCGUGAAGAUCGAACCAAUCCUCGAAGUCGACAACGAAUACGACAUUGACAGCGAAGACAAAGGCAUCGAGCGAUCUUGCUGGCAAUACGCGGCCGAAAUUCACAAAUAUUACUUGGACAUCGAGAAAUACCGCGUCGCCAGCCCCACGUACAUGCUGGACCAGGUCGACGUGAACACGAAGAUGCGGUCCAUCCUAGUGGACUGGCUCGUGGACGUGCAUUACAAGUACAACUUGCUCGAGCAAACCCUGCACAUUGCCGUCAACUUGAUCGAUCGCCACUUGGAGAAGAACCUGACCUUGCCUCGCGCGCGCCUGCAGCUUGUGGGCAUCACGGCGCUGUUCAUCGCGUCCAAGUACGAAGAGAUUUACCCCCCGGAGGCCGCCGACUUUGUCAAAAUCACCGACAACGCGUACACGCUGUCGGAAAUGUUCCAAAUGGAAGACGAGUUGCUGUCGAGCAUCGGCUACCGCGUGACUGUCCCGACGGCGUUUCAGUUUAUGAACCGGUUCCUCAAGGCAUCCAAGACCGUCAACACCAAGACACACCUGCUCGCCAACUACCUCAUUGACCGGUGCUUGCAAGAGUACAAGAUGCUGCGGUACCCGCCGUCCAUGAUUGCCGCCGCGGGCGUGUACCACGCGCGCAUGCAAAUGCACGUCGUUCCCACGUGGUCGGCGUGUGUCGAGUACCAUUCGACGUAUUCCGUCGCGGCCAUGCGACUGUGCAUCAAGGACAUGCAAGAAAUGAUGGAGUCUGCCGCCGCUGGCGUGGCCAAGUCGAGCAAACUCACGGCCGUGACCCGGAAAUUCUCCAAGGAAAAGUUCCAAGGUGUGUCCAAGCUUCCGUUGCGCUUUCCAGUCGACCACGAGUAGCGGAACCAUAGAUGACCGAUGUAUGCCACAAUGGUGUCAUGAAGUAGCCAAGUAAAUAAAUAUACUGUAGUACCAUUGCCAACA